AUGAGCUUUAAAAACAGUUUAUUGAAAACUUGUAUUGUUUAUCAAACACGUGGACUUUUGAGACCGCCGAAAAACUUGCCAUAUCGAGGAAUUUAUAGGUUUGUGAUUUUUUUUAAACUUUGCAUCACUUUUUUAAUUUUCAGAACAGAUGGUGAAGUUGUGAGAAAAGAUGAAUUAUUAGUAAAUCAAUUCAAAUUGAAUUAUCAUCCUGGACUAAACGUAUGUUUUUGAUUGCUUUCACUGAUUAAUGAUUGAGGUUUUCAGGUUUAUUACGAGAAUGAUCGCGGCGAGAAGUUAUUGCGAGCCAAUUGUGAUGGAAUUGUUAGAAUCUCAAAAGAGAAGUGUUCACCGGAUUAUAGUAUUGAGGAAAUGCAAGUUUACGAAUAUAGAAAAGAUGUUGACCUCUACAAGCUUACUUUCAAUGUUGUUCCUUUCGAAAUGUCUCAAUCACAUACUCUCCGGCAUGAAGUUUAGGAUUGAUUAUUUUUUUUUGCCUGUAAAUUUAUUAGCUAGGUUUUUUCUUAUUGUUAUUUUUUGGUUGUUUUAAAUAUUUCAUCUGAUUUUUCGUCAUAUUUUAAUUUCCGAUUUUCAAUGGUUACGAGUUCACCAUUUGUUACCUCUUUCAAUUUUAUUUUAAAAUGAUCUUCAACCUUAAUAUAUAUUUUAGAUGGAUGGAAACCCAGACGGUCCAAAUUUGGAACGCGAUGUUCAACGGAUAUUAGAGUUAAUUGAGCAUGUACAAAAAACGGGUGAAGUUACAAAUCCAAAAUUGGCUACUCUUCAAAAAAUUCUUCAAUCUGAUUUUUUCAACGCGGUCAGAGAUGUCUAUGAAACAGUUUAUGAAUCGAUUGAUGUUGAAGGAUCCGCAGAGGUAAAUUCUUAUUAUAAUUUUUAGCGAAAUAUAAUUAAUUUAAGGUCCGAGCCGCUGCUACAGCAAAAGCAACAGUGGCUGCAUUUGCAGCCGCAGAAGGUCAUGCACAUCCUCGAAUUGUCGAAUUGCCAAAAACAGACCAAGGUUUAGGAUUUAAUGUGAUGGGUGGAAAAGAACAAAAUUCGCCAAUUUACAUAUCAAGAAUUAUACCAGGUGGAGUUGCAGAUAGAAAUGGCGCAUUGAAGCGAGGCGAUCAAUUAAUAGCUGUUAAUGGAGUGGUAGGGUUUUUUAAAAUAAUUUUUGUUGGUUUUGGUUAAAAAAUAUUUUACAGAAUGUCGAAAGUGAAUGCCACGAAAAAGCCGUCGAUUUGCUGAAAUCUGCUGUUGGAACUGUGAAAUUAGUUGUAAGAUAUACUCCAACACUUCUUGACGAAAUGGAACGGUGAGGUUUUUAAAAAUAUAUAUUUGAAAUAUUUUUGAUAGUCAAAAUUGUUCAAGCAUUAAGUUUCUAAAAUAUAUUUUCAGUCGCUUUGAACGCCAAAGAAUUCGCUCAAAUCAACAAAGUCCAACUCAUCAACCAUCAACUUCUCGAAGAUAG